UGUUGUGCAAAACAUGAGAAGUGCUGUCACUGCCAAGCAAUACAAAAUGACCCGACAGGCAGAAAUGACCAGGCUUUAUGAUGGCUGUUUGCACUUCCAAUCUCCAGAGGAGAGAGGACUAGGGCUUUUCUGAAAACUAGCACAGAGAAAGGGGGACAGUGGUAAUUCACUGGAGGGAGAGUCACUUAAGAGACACUAUUUGGUGGAAAAUAGUUCAAGGGCUUUGUGGAGGACACAGACAAACAGGAAGGACAUGGUUUUCCAUUGCAAGAACCAGACUAACCAUACACAAUAGCCAUGUGUGUGGGCAUGCGUUGGACAUCACUCCUUACCAGGGUUGGGCAUGGAGGAGACGAUGGUUUGUUCUUCGAAGAGGACGUAUGAGUGGGAAUCCAGAUGUGUUGGAGUACUACCGAAACACAACCUCAAAGAAGCCCAUCCGCACCAUCGACCUGAGAGAGUGUGAGGUUCAGAUGCAGACGGAGCAACGCCUGGUCAAGAGGGAGUUCCAGAACCAGCACCUCUUCGUUAUCAAGACGUCGUCUCGCAUUUUCUACCUGGUGGCCAAGACUGAGGAGGAGAUGAACAGUUGGGUCAGCCAGAUCAGGGAAAUCUGUCACUUUGGACCUCUGAGUCUGGAUGAUGGGACAGAAUCUGAGGAAGUUUUCUCUCACACCCCAAACCCCCAGCAGGUUUCACCAGCUCUCUCCCGAAGUAUGUCAUUCAUUUCCAACCAUGACUUUGUGGCCAAUGGCAACAGCAGAGUGGAGAUGCAGAGCCAGAUGGAACCCAACUAUCCACUGGAUUACCUAUUCCUCUCACAGUGUGAGACAGGGAGGUUCAGCCUCUCUAGAUGCGACAGCUUUUCAAAUUCGGAGAGAUCUCUGGAACAAAAUUCAUCAGACACUACUACUGAAGAUGUCUUCUCUUCACCCCUCGGCACUGAUCCUUCUCCAUCUCCCUUUCCCCAUACUGGCCCAUUUCCAUCCCACUUCCCUCACACUGGACCAUCUCAGUCUCCCUUUCCCCACAUUAGGACGCAUGACCCCCCUUUCAGCGCACCAUGUGGCCCCACGUCAACCUCAUCCUCUCCUCGAACACUCCAUCGUACACCAGAUGUCUUCCAGUUUGACAAGCCAUACUCUUCUGCCAUAUUGGAGGCAACUAGUGAUGGACUAACGCCCCCUCCUCUACCCCCCAAGCCUGUCCACCUCUCAGAGCACCUCAGAGAUGACUGCUCCCACGGGCCUCUGGCAGGAAUUAGGCAGCAGCUCACAGGCCAACCUGCACUCAUCCCCCGUAGGAUCUCUCUGUCAGGCCUGCCAGACCACUUCAGAAGAGGAGACAUUGAGGGGAGUGCAUUGAGGAGCAGGAACAAAAGGCUUAGUCUCAAUUUGCCACAUUUCAUUGCCACUCAAAGUCCAAACUGCCAUGAGGACUCUUACGUGUCCAUGGCCUCUCCGCGUGUCUGUGUUGGUGAAGAUGUAUCGGACGGCUACAUCCCUAUGAGCCCCACUCCAAUUAGCUUCCUCAAGGCUAAUUGCAAAACAGAGGCCCCUCUCGCUCCCACCCCCCUUCCCAUUGCAGAUCUACCUGGGGAUCUAGAACCACCUCCAAUCAACAGGGAUCUCAAACCACGCAGGAGAGCACGGCCUCCACCACUGGACCUGAGGGGUCUGUCCACUAUCAGAGAAUGUCCGACUCAUAUGCCUUUGAUCAGAACCAUGACAGAGCCAGGAAAUUCACUGCAAGGAAAACUGGGAAUUAAAGGAGACCAAGAAGCCAGCAUUCCAGUAGAGUCAAGGCAACAGUUCUCCACUACAAACGAGGGCGCCUCCCAGCCGUGGCUUAGGAGAUCAAACCUUGACUACCUUUCACUGGAUUUCAAUUCCGCAUCCCCAUCUCCUGUGCAAAAGAAGCCCUUACUUACUGAUGAACACAGGGUGGACUAUGUGCAGGUGGAUGAGAAAAAGACUCAGGCCCUGCAGAACACUAAGAUGGAAUGGAAGGAUGUCCGGCAGUCUAAAGUGUAAAGUGUAAAUCAGACGGAGAAAAAGUAAGAUGGGAUAAAACUUUCCAUUUCACAGAACAAGUGGAGCAAAUGCAACAUCACAUUAAAUAUAUGUCAUAACAGAUGGUAGCUUAUCUCAAAGAGAGCAAUUCUUCUUUCAUGUACAAAAUAAAAGCACUUUGAAAUUUAUCAGAUAUAAACAUCUAUGAGAGAAGAAAGUAGACGGUGGUGUCAAAAAAGGUUUAAAUUACUGGUUUGUAGUUUGGGGUAUCAACAUUCACUGUACAAAUAUCACAUCAAAGUUACACUGUGAAUGUCACCUUACCAUGCACUGUGUCACAAUGCUGUUUUUGUAUCAAAUGCUAUGCAAUGAAAAGGACAUUGCUCAUUGCUCAUUAUUUUGCUGAAACAGAUUGUAUGGAUUCUUAAUACACAGGAAUUCAGGGAUUAUGUUUUUAUAUGAACAAUGGUCUGAGUUUGAGAUCAUCUUAAACCAAAUGAACACGUGUCUAAGUGUUAGCCAUGGAAUCCUAAAGACAAACAUGCAUUAAUGCUUCUGCCCAGCAUAUUGCAUUUGUUGUUGUUUUUUAAGUUAUGAUGCCUUCGAUUGGCAGCCAGCAGGAAUAGAGCCAUGCAAUCUGUAGUCAUGCACAUAGGGAGUGAAUGGAGUAGUAUCUAUCAUUCAGAGAACUCAUACAGUAUCAACAGGAUGAAAAUCUCAGACCUGAUACUGUGUAGGCCUAACAGUACUGUGUUGUUACUGUUUAGCAGAAGGCAGAUUUUUGCAUGCGUGUAACAUACAUCCUUUGUCCCGACCUUGUCCACAUUCUUAUAGUGCCCACAUUUUCAGACAGGUGUAGAUGAUUGAAAGACGCAUUGUGAUCUGAUCGUCUUGACCACUUCUGGAGAUAGUCAAGGACCCACUGUGUCUGGAUAUGUUACAAAUGCAGACGGAUCUGGACAGUGAAAUCAUCAUUAUCCCAUCGUCUAAAACCAUUGACUUAUGGAAUUCAUUUUUUAAAUGUAUUUUACCUAGUAAGUUAACUGAGAACACAAAUAAUUUGUCAAAUAAUGUGCAUACAGGGAGGGACAAGGAAAUCUGGUCACAAUGUGGACACAGUGAAAGGAUAUGAGACAUUUUAAUUCCAUGUGUAGACAUAUUUCAGAACAUGUGGGCACAAUAAGAAUGUGGACAAGAUCAGGACAAAGGACGUAUCUUAGCGCCAGGUAUAAAUAAAGCCAGAUGGUACCGAUGACUCAAACCACAAUCUCCACACCAUCUUGAUAGGUCAAUCUACAGCAGAAAGCACAAAUCACUCAGUGUGCCUAUCCGAAACUUGGUGAGGGUGAAUAACUACCUUACAAUGAACGAUCGGCACACAAAUGUUGGGAAAGCCGCAGUCUUAACUAGAUGUUUCUACAGAUGGAAUUGAACCCAUUAUUUUAGCAUAAGCGGUACCAGCUUCAUGUUGUGUUUUGUUUUAAUGUAUGUUUUAACGUGUCCAUGUAAUGUAUGCUUUAACAUGUCCAUGUAAUGUAUGCAAAGAUGCACAUCUAAGAAUGUUUUCAUGCUUUAAUAAAUCACUUUUACCUGAAA